CAGGGGAAGCCAUCUUGGAAAUUCUGUUGAGACCAAAAUGAUUAGCCGACUAGGUAGAGAACUUCGUAGCAAGCUAGAGCUUUAAAACAUCAGAAACCGGACAGAUUAUCACAGCCAUCCGAGGAUAAAAUCUGAGGAGAAUACGCACAUUGGCAACAAACAAAGUGAAAUGGCCUGCUAGCUAACAAAUACUUUGGCAGUUAGCUGCUAGCUAAGCUUUGCUACUUCUGACAAGACCCAAGUGAGUCACAGGAGUGUCUCAAGCCAGAUCCUUGUUUUUAUUGCAGUACUAGUACCAAUGACUCAUAUGUUUAUUGACAUUUUUGAUUAACUGCUCUGCAAAUAAAAAUUAUAUUACGGAAACUGAAGACAAGAAACGAGACAGUUGACUGAGUACAUCAGAUCAUCGAGGAGGUUGCGGGGACCCUCGACUGAUCCCUCAAACUCCAGGAGAGGGGGACUACAUCUCCCACACACACUAAAGACAAUUCUCACUCAUUUGGAAGUACAUCUAUAGAAUCAUGAGUGCCACAAGAACAGAGAACCCAAUGAUCUUGGGUUUGUCAAACCAGAAUGGCCAACUUCGAGGCUCGCUGAAGUCUGCAGGAGGACCAGGUGGAGGAGGAGGAAGUCCUCAAAUGCAACAAAGUCAGACGAAGAUCGGAAGCACAAUCAACAAUGGCAGUUCCCAAUCUGCCCCCACAGCCAACACUGUCAUAAAGGCUGGAGAUGACUGGAAGAAAAAUUUGAAACUCCCCCCAAAGGAUAUGAGGAUGAGGACAUCAGAUGUAACCGCAACUAAAGGCAAUGAAUUUGAAGAUUACUGCCUCAAGAGAGAGCUACUAAUGGGAAUCUUUGAGAUGGGCUGGGAGAAACCUUCUCCUAUCCAGGAGGAGAGCAUUCCCAUUGCGCUGUCAGGAAGAGACAUCUUGGCUAGAGCAAAGAACGGCACAGGAAAGAGCGGAGCCUACCUCAUCCCCUUACUUGAACGCAUUGACCUGAAGAGGGACUGCAUACAAGCUUUGGGCAUCGUGCCCACCAGAGAACUGGCCCUGCAGGUCAGCCAGAUAUGCAUCCAAGUCAGCAAACACAUGGGUGGGGUCAAGGUCAUGGCAACCACAGGUGGGACCAACCUGCGUGAUGACAUCAUGAGGCUUGAUGAGACAGUGCAUGUGGUGAUUGCUACACCUGGGCGAAUCUUGGAUCUGAUCAAGAAAGGGGUAGCCAAAGUUGAUAAAGUGCAGAUGAUCGUUCUGGAUGAAGCCGAUAAGCUCCUGUCUCAGGACUUUGUGGUAAUGAUGGAAGAGAUCCUGGGCUACAUGGCAAAACAAAGACAGAUCCUGCUCUACUCUGCCACCUUUCCACUCAGUGUGCAGAAGUUCAUGAACUCUCAUCUGCAAAAGCCCUAUGAGAUCAACCUAAUGGAGGAGCUGACCCUUAAAGGAGUGACACAAUAUUAUGCCUAUGUUACUGAAAGGCAGAAGGUCCAUUGCCUUAACACACUGUUCUCAAGGCUCCAGAUCAAUCAGUCCAUAAUCUUCUGCAACUCGUCUCAGAGAGUGGAGCUUCUGGCCAAGAAGAUCUCCCAGCUUGGCUACUCGUGUUUCUACAUCCACGCCAAGAUGAGACAGGAGCACCGCAACCGUGUGUUCCACGACUUUAGAAAUGGCCUGUGCCGAAACCUCGUCUGCACUGAUCUCUUUACCAGAGGCAUUGACAUUCAAGCUGUGAAUGUUGUCAUCAACUUUGACUUCCCCAAGCUGGGAGAGACGUAUCUUCACCGCAUCGGCAGAUCCGGCCGUUUUGGACACCUGGGUUUGGCCAUCAACCUGAUCACCUACGACGACCGCUUCAACCUGAAGGGCAUCGAAGAGCAGCUGGGGACUGAGAUAAAGCCCAUCCCCGGAAGCAUCGACAAGAGCCUGUACGUGGCAGAGUACCACAGCGAGAGCGGGGAGGACGGCAAGCUGUGAGCAGGAGAGAUCAGUCGCACCCCACCCACCCCAUCGCUCCUCCCCUUUUCGUUUUUCCCUUCCCUUCUGUGUCUUGGACUUUUUCAAUACCUAGCUUCCGUCUGUCUUCCUUUUUGGGGGCCACCACAAGGACCGUGUUUUGUGACGGACAAAUGUUGAAAGAACUCGUUUCCCUUUUGGCAGGGCUCUUUGCUGUACCACUACAUCAAUACUGAAGACAUCAAAAGCACUUUGGAGGAAAGGAGGGACCGAGUAGAACAUGUAUCAAUGGAACUUGUGUGAGGAUUCAUAGCCACCAACCUCUGCAAUGCCAGCACACCAAGACCCACACGUCAUACCUUCACACUCACUGUUUUUGUUUGUUUCCUAGUUUUUAGCUAUUUGAAUCAAGUGCCUUAACAAGCAGCUGAACUUGUUCUAAAGUAAUAACCCUUUCUCCUGAUUCUCAUCUAGCUCAAAAAGCAUACCACACUGCACUUUCAUCCAAGUCCGACAUUUUGUUUCACGUAUCAGUAUCCUUCCAAUGAAGGAAAAACCACUCGCAUUUUGGUCAGGCCAUACACAUAGUGAUAACCUGGAGUGGGUGGAGUUAUUACCUGCUGGCGUGGCUGCAUAUGAGUCUUGACUUUGUGAAGGAGAUAAACGUGGAUUUUCCAACAAGAUACUGGAUUAGAAUGACCUUUUUUUUUUCUUUUUUUUUCAUGGUUCCAAGAGUCAGAGUCUGACCACUUGUUGAAGAAGCAUGCGCUUCUAAAGACCCAAACUCUUUCCUCCUCGUCUUUCAGUGUCGGAACAAUAUGAGCUGGUCAGAACUCCUGAGCAGCCCUUCUAUACAACAGAGUCAUGAGGAUUCCUCUUCCUGAGGGGGAAAAAAAAGUGGAUAAAAAGUCCUUUGUCCUGCUCAGCUUCACCUUCCUUACCGGGUGGCCACACUUUAACCUCUCAAGAUGUGCUGCAAACACGUGGGGCGCACUGUACACUCUGUAUAUACUUUGUUUGAUUUUUAAAGGUUUAAAAGACAUGUUUUGAAAGGCUGGUUGAUGAUUGUGUGAGAUUGUUGUUAUCCAAUCAGCACUGGCGCUUAGUUUCCUUAACUGCCAUCCUCCUAACUGAAGAAUACUGCGACAUUGCCCCCUGAAUUAAUUUAUAAUUCUCAAACGUGCCGAAUUCAUUUUGGAUUUACAACAAUUACAUUUUGUUGUAGGUGGAAUGCGUCACUGACGCUGAUUUAGACACAUUUAAGGCCCUUAAAAAUUCAACAGUGGGUGCAGUUACGGAAACCUGCACUUACAUUUAGAUAGUUUAAAUUAUUACAAUAUUUUUUUUUUUGUUUCCUAAGUUUAUGCUAUAUAGAAAGAUGGCCCAAUAAGCGUGUAGUUGAACACUAUGAUGGUAUCGUUUUAUUUCUGCACAUCACCAGCCAUGGCUUGUUACUGACUUAUGAGACACCCACCAGGAUCCCUGGUCUAAGUGAGUGUAAUUUAUAAAAAGAAAAUUUGUGUUGUAUAAUGUCGUAGUGCUACUUGCUGCAGUGCAGUUGGUUUGGCAGUAAGAUAAUUGCUGUUAAUCAAGAUGUUUAGCUGUUAUGUUGGUCCGUGUGCUUUUGGCACUGGUACAUUACUUUUGGAAGUGUUUGGGGGGGGAAUCUGUUUAUUUCUCUCCCUAACAAGAAUUGAUAGAUAUAAUGUAUCAAGGAAAACCAUCUGACCCUAAUGUAGCAGGAAAGAAUCUUUGAGUGCAUUGCAAGUCAAGAUGGCUUUUAAAAGCCACUUUCCACACAAUGGUGCACAAAACAAAUGUCAGAACAGGCUGCACUUAAGGAUAGACUAGAGACAUGGGGGUCAGGCAUUUACACUGACUUGCACUGCUCACUCCACCCAGGUCAGCCUAGAUGGCAGAGUGGUGUGUUGGAGUGUUGUGCAUAUGGGUGGG